UCAAUUCCCACAUGACAUCUGUCACUUGACAUUAAUUGUCAAACAGGAUUAUCAAAUGUGCGUCUAUUUUUCUUAUUUCUAUUUCAAUUUUCAUAAUGUCUCGAGAUAAAAGCGUGUGGUUCGCGGAGGAAAUUUUAUUAGACGCUAAGCUAAUUAAUUUCCAGCUGGAGACAGGAGAAUGGGACGCUGUAGAGGAGAUGUUACGCGCGGAGGCGCAACUUUCUCGCGAUGCCGAAACUGGCCGACUACGACCAAAAAAAGCAUCAGAAUAUACACUGCGUCUUAUAGCUGAAGUUCUCCACAUAAUGAGAUUAGAUGUUGAACAGGCUUCAUACAAUCGCAGCACUCUGGCUGUCGCCGAGCAAUGUCUCAGACUGGUUCGUUCCUGUGGUGCUGCCGGCACUAAAAUGCAAACCUAUAUCUCAAAAGAACUUUCAAUACUAGACUCUAUGUAUGUGUUAGCAACAGAAUACCAACACCCCAGCGUUAAUUUCUUGAAUGAGGAGCUCAUGAAAUGCAUGACUGUUCUUGUGCAAACAUUAGGAAACCUUGUUGUCAAUAACCCGUUCAAUCAAAUCAUGAUUUGGAAUAAAUUCGACACAAUAAUAUUAAAUUGUUUAAUUGGACAGAAUGACAAAAUUGCAACAGCUGCUGCUAUGAUUGUGUACAAUAUCCUGCUAGGUCAGCCGAAUGUGUUGCCAGCGGAUGAUGUUAUGUUACUUAAUUCAUUAGCAUACAUGUACAAUAAUGACAACACUGAGUACCCACAUUUGAUUAUUGAAUAUCUUAUUGGAGUUGAGAAUACUUACAUCGAGAAAUUGUAUUCCAAACUUGAACCAGAGUGUAGAAUGCUGGUUUUGAACCUAGCAUAUAAUAUACUGAUGUCGAAUGAAUCACAAGAUAUUAACGUAUCAGUAAACUUUGUCAAGUUCAUGGCACAUGAGUUUAAAAGUAAAUCUGAUUGUAUUUUGAAGACCGUUGAUAAAUACGUGAAUACAAUAGAACCGCAAGAAGUCGUGUUUCUACUGGAGAUCAUUGCCACUGCGUCAAGUAUGGAUGCCUACAUGGAUUGUCUGCAGAGCGACACAUCUUUGUUUAUCAAUUGUGCUUUUCUUCUUCAAGCAAUUCACACGCUUGGUAAGCAGAGUAGUAACUUCUUUUCGUCAAUAAACAAACUGUAUGCUGCUACUGGUAAACAACUUAUUAAUGAUGAAAAUGUUAUGGCAGCCACUACUCCACCUGAAAUUCCCUUAACCAAAAACGAUUCUGCAGACAACAUGCUCUCCUGCAACGAGACAACCUCAGAGUGCACAGAAUCCGAAAGUAGCGAACAAUAUUUUGAAUGUACUGAAAUGCCUCCAUACAUGGACAGGCUGGAAAGCACCCUAGACAGUCUCCAACAACCUAUAAAGUUCACCGAAUCCCUGCCAGAAAUGAAAAAUGGCAGGAGUAACUCAGUCAAAAUUGACGCAGAUCUCUCUAAAGUAGCAUACAAACGCAGUAGCUCGGUACCAAAAACUGGCGAUGACCGUAUAUCUUUACCCACACGGAGAAUAAGCCUUGAACACAAAAUAGACAUGGGCGAUGACACUGAACCGCCACUUAUAAUAGAUUCAUCGUCGCCAAACGGCAGUAUGAACACAAUCGCGGAAGUGAUUCCAGUCGCUUUACAGCCAAGGCUUGAUCUGCAGCCAAACAGCAAUAGCAGGACCGAUUCUCAGGAAAGCACGCCCAAUGACCCGCCUACAGAAAUACAUUUACCUAAAGAGGAGGUCAAAAGUGAAGUAAAGGCGUCGCCGAGUGAAAUAUCUCCUCCUUUGGCAGAUAUGCCGCAAGAGACUGAAUCUCAGAAACAAUCCCCAGACACUCCAAAAGAAGUGAAGAAAAGUCAAAACCUGUCUACGGAUUUCGAUCUCAGUGAGCAGUUACAAAAGAUCCUCGGAAUUUCUGAUAAAACUAGGGGAGAUAAUGCCAAUGUGGAAAAGAAGAGCGAACCAGCCAAAGAAGUCAAAAUAUCUGAUGAUAAUGCGGCAAAUAAAGUCCCAUCUGUGAAGAUCGAUUCGCCAGAAUCUCAAAAGACAAGAUUGGGCGCAGUCGACAUGAGCACGCCUAAGAAAGCUGUAACAUGCGUUGAAACUGUAGAGAGACACGUAGCGUUCGGGUUCAAGGCGGCUCUCGUGCGUACGCUGGCUAACUUGUGUUGGAAGAAUCCUGAAAACAAGAAACAGAUGCGGGAACUGGACGUUAUUCCGAUACUUCUCGACUGCUGCAACAUCGACGCUCGCAAUCCUCUGAUAAUGCAGUGGGUCAUUUUUGCUGUGCGCAAUUUAUGUGAAAAUUGUCCUGAAAACCAGGAGGUGAUAUCCAAGAUAACUCUUCAAGCUCCUGUUGACAAUGAAGUACUCCAAGAAAUGGGCCUCACACUCCAAGCUGAUGCUCAAGGAAACUCCAUUAGGAUUGCGCCUUUGCCCCGCGGAUAAACGUCGUAUUUACAUUAAUUAUUACCUACUCUAAGUAUGAAUAAAUUAUAUUCUUUGCUUGAUGUAAUACACUUCAAUCUAUAGAAUAGAGAUGAAACUUGUAGUAUUAACUAUUCUACCAACAAGAUGUGUUUAUGAAUAAAAUAGCCAAAUAUAUUGUUAUUCAAAUAUCAACUUCA